AUGAAGGCACGCUAUCGCUCUACGCAGCCUACGCAAAUACCGGUCGUGAUUUUUUUGCGAUGGAACGUGAAUGCGAUCCGCUCCACCGGGCAUAAAUUCUUUUGUCGUCUACAAAUUGCGCUUUAUCAGCAGGACACUGGUGAUUGGCCGCCUACGUUCCACCGACUGACUGGCCGCCCCCACGGGCAGGCCACAUUGAUACCCGAUGAAGCGGAGAAAACGGCUAAAAUCGGAAGACUCCGACGGAUCACGUCUGGCGCAUGUGCCGUUCUCAUACCCGCUAGCUUGGGUGAUUUGAUGUCCACUUGA